AUGUUUGAAGACUACACCGUUUUGGUGCUCCAGGAAACCCCUGGUGCCACAGAUAUCGCCGAGACACUACAAAAGAACGGGGCAACCAUUAAACAGCUCUCAAAUCCUACAAUAAACCAAAUUACUCAUGAAAAAAUCAACCACAUCAUUUCACCAACUUCCGAUUUUCCUGCCUAUAUUGCCUGCAGACGAGCCCUAAUUCCUGUCACGACUCCAGAAUGGAUCUGGGAGUCACUCAGGUCCUCCAAACCGUGCACACCGAACAGAUUUACCCCAGAUCCUCACCUAUUCAUGAAGGAUGUGUUUGUCUGUGUCGCCGAUAAUCUUCCUCGCGGCGAUAAAGAGGCCAUUUACGGCGGCGUAGCGGCUUUCGGGGGCCACUACCUUGACGAUUUAACGAAAUAUACCACCCAUUUGGUGGCAACGGACAUGCGGAACGUAAAAAGCAUCAUUGCAGCUAACGUAAUUGAUACUCCAGACGAAGAAGGACACAUCAUUGACAUCAAAAUCGUCACUCCGCGAUGGAUAGACGCUUGCUUAUCGCUGGGAAGUUUCGUAGACGAGCUGGACUACUUGUUAAAUGGUCUUUCUGAAACUGAGAGCCAACUUGAAGUUCCCAUUUCGCACUCUGGCCCCAUUGCAAAUCGAACCGUUUACUGUGCCUACACUUCGCCACUUCUUGUUGACCUCCUAAAACAUCACGGUGCUGUUGUAAAAACUGAGUACGACCCUACCGUGGAUAUAUACCUUGGACCCCAUAAGUCUGGCUCUGCUUACGAAGCUGCAGUGCAGUCCAUUCAUACCGUCAUAGGCACUUUGUCGUGGAUAUACUCCGUUCUUGCAUCAAGCACAUGGCACUUGCCUUCUAACCUUCUCCAUUCGCCCAUUCCGCUACUUCCUCCACCUGAUUUUGCCGGUCUCAAAAUAUCAAUCACUAAUUACAGCGGCGAAGCAAGAACAUAUUUGGCUAAGCUCAUCGUGGGAUUGGGCGGAGAGUUCACAAAGACAUUAACCCGCUCCAAUGACUACUUAAUAGCUGGAUCUCCGCACGGCAAGAAAUAUGUCACCGCUACAGAACGAUGGUUGGACACAAACGGCGUUCCUACCAUAAAGGUUGUAAACCAUGUUUGGCUUGAAAAAUGCUAUGCUUCGUGGUCUCUAGUGGACGACAACGAUCCAAAGUACCUACCUGGAACCUCAACACCCUUGGGCUUUGUCCAAGAAGAUGAAGAUAUUAUAACUCAAAGCAGUCAAACUCCUCAAGCAUCACCCCAAACCCCAAUAACCUCCCCUGGAGACACGAAAGAAAAGCAACACGGACAAAAUAAUAGUCUGAUCACACCUAAUAGCAAAAAUGAAGCGGUGGACAUUUUAGCUAACAAUACUCCACAAAGUGAGACAAAGAGUGCUCGUAAGAGUAGGUCUGCAGCACAAAAGGCAGCUCAGAAACUUCACGCCGACAUGAACGACCUCAACGAUUAUCAGAAGAUGGCCAGGAGUACCCGGAUGAUGAAAACUUAUAUGGAGACACUAGAUGCUCAGACACCAGUGAAACGUCAAGUAGAAGUGGAGAGGGCCACAGAGAGUCCUCCACCCAAAAAGAAGAAAGCGGUAACUAAUGUCAAUGCCAUAAUAACUGGAAGUGAAGAUGAAAUAACCUUGAGUCGUCUGGAUUUAGCAAAACUAUCGCAGGUGGGCAUCAAGGUCAAUAAAGAACUCACCAAAGCUCAUCGGGUCGAAGUCAUUAUUGCGCCACGCAUUCUUCGUACUGAAAAGUUUUUGACCUCGUUGAGUCAAGCAGACAAGAUAAUUCAUCCUCAGUACCUCAUUGACCUCCUAAAGGUAGUGAAUGAGUCGUCCACAUGGGAGCUGAUAAACAAGCAGUUCAAAAUGGACGAUUAUUCUCUCGACAAAGUAAUUACCACGAAGGAAGUUAACAAAGAUUUGGGAGUCAGUGGAAACGUAAAUGGACUUUCUCAUUGUCUUACCAGUCCCAACAAAGGAACACUCUUCAAGAAUAUGCAAUUAAACUUAUCAACUAAUCUAAACGGAGGUGUUAGCGUCGUGGAGGCUAUUCUUGGCAGUCAUGGUUUGAAGCAUCAUACGGCAAUUAAAACUUUAACACGCAAGACACAACUUAUAGGCGACCAUCCCGUGCUUGUGGCUCACGCAACCAAAGACCAAAAGCUUGUUUCCAACUUUAAGCGAAUCUGCCCCGAUGGAACAGUGGUAACAUGGGACUGGUGCGUUCGCAGUAUAUUCGCGAUGGAGCUUGUUGACUAUGAAGCGUACAAAUUGUAA